AUGCUGUGCAGCAUGGGUGAGAAAGGUGUCCUGUAAGGCGCGCGAUGUCACACGCGCAUGCGUCUCCUUUUUGUUUGAUGGAGAAACUUUCAGUUUUUCACCAACUGUUGGGAAUUCCUUAAGUGAAACAGGACAUCGCAAGCAGUAAAUUCUCAAAAGAUCUACCAGAAAAUGAACUGCCAAGGCGAUUGCUCCGAAUUGGGGCCACCGCCCGAUAUGAUUCUAUCGAUGCCUCCGCCACCGUUGUCAUCCUUUCUGCUGCCCCGGAAUGCACUGGCCCCACGCCCGGCUAAUAAUUCCCUGUCUUGUAUAGCCGCCUUCAUGUGUGAACCUUCCUUGAAGGCAAACGAGCAGUCUGGAAUGGAUUUCAUUGAGCUGUCAGGAACUGGGAUGGAUGACACAUGGGUUUUUGUGCUGGUUUCGUCCUGUGUCGGCGUGCUGCUGCUAGGAGCUCUUCUCGCGAUGAUUUUAAUUAAAUGCAGAGAAGCUUACAACUACUCAUACCAUGAUAGCAACUUAAAGCAUCCACCAUUGGCGUCGCUUAAUGAUGCACAUCUUGGAACGACAAAAUCCGGAUUUAUGCCAGGAACAAUCCUAUACCCAACCAAUCAGCAGAUUGUUCCUGACAAUCGCACUCUGUGGGCCACUUUGACUCCACACGGAACGACUCAGCACUUCAUCUCAGAUUCUUACUGUAACCCAGAAGAUCACUACGAAGUAAUAGAUUACGGUAGUAAGCACGAGCAGUAUAUACCGUCAAACCAAAGUACCAUCGUAAAGAACAAAAACUCGUUCGAGAACUCCGGAUUCGUAGAUUACGACUAUGAGGAUCCGACACCACUGAUGGAAUCGUAUAAUAACUUUGAUGACAUGGACUCGGGUUACCAAGAACCCCAGGAAGUGAUUGGAUCACUCAACCGGAACCGAUCGAUUGUUUCAUCACCGACCCGGAUUGAAAAUCCUAACCUGGCUCCGCUCAACCUAUACCCAACUCACCGCAGCAACGGUACGGUCGGCAGAAAGAACGCCACCCUCAGCAGACGCAUCAGUGAUAUCAAGAAUUGAAAUGAGAGUGAAUUGUGAAGUAACUAUCGGCAAGAGUCAACUAGUAUUUCCUUUUAGAGUGAUAAUCAACGGAAAUUCCUACUAUUGAAUAACUUUAAUCGAGCGACAAACAGAACGGUAGAUAUACUACAGAAGCUAGUAUUAUUUUACGCAAGCAAUUUAUUUUUGGCUAUUUUUUCAAAACCACGCCACAGAAAAAUAUAAUAUAAAGAUGCUGCCAUAUGUAGGUAUUUUUAGCAACAGUCCAUCACUCACUCACAUAAAUGCUAUAUUCUUUUUGCAUCGAAUAAAUAAAUGUCUAUAUGCAAUAGGGGAAAAACAUAUUCUCGAUCUUCUAGCCGGCUUAUUUAUAUGUAACAUUUCUAGAAAAAGGAUAAUACUACAGUAUCGCUUUCAACAUUUCGACUAUUUAUUGAACUGAUUGGAAAGUUGAAAAUCCUAGGAGAUAAGCUGCUCUGUUAAAACCAUAAUUUUCAUUAAUUUGUACCCUAAGGUAUACAUUGGCUACAAUAAAGAUGAAUGUAACAUUCCA